AUGGCGAAGGUGAACCUCGACGGCAAACCAAUCACUCCGGUGUCAAUAUGCAUGAUCGGCGGCGGAGGAUUCAUCGGAUCACACCUAUGCGAAAAGCUAAUGUCCGAAACUUCUCACACAGCCAUAGUCAUCGAUGUUUCCUCCGAGAAAAUCAAUUAUCUUCUCGAUAAGUCUCUUCCCUGGGCCAAACGUAUCGAGUUUCAUCACAUGAACAUCAAGAACGAUUCGCGCCUUGAGACUCUCGUCAAAGCCUCCGAUCUCACUAUCAAUCUUGCUGCGAUUUGCACGCCGGCGGAUUAUAAUACCCGGCCGUUGGAUACUAUUUUCAGUAAUUUCAUUGAUGCCAUUCCGGUGAUUAAAUUUUGCACUGAGAAUAACAAGCGUUUGAUUCAUUUUUCUACUUGUGAGGUCUUUGGGAAGACUAUAGGUAGCUUUCUGCCUGAGGAAUAUAGAAAGGAACCCCAAUAUUACAUGCUCAAAGAAGAUGUGAGUCCAUGUAUUUUUGGUCCAGUUCAGAAACAAAGAUGGUCUUAUGCAUGUGCAAAGCAAAUGACAGACAGGUUAAUUUAUGCUGAGCAUGCUGAGAAUGGCCUGAAGUUCACUAUUGUGAGACCUUAUAACUGGAUUGGACCAAGAAUGGACUUCAUUCCUGGUGUGGAUGGCCCGAGUGACGGUGUCCCCAGAGUUUUAGCUUGUUUCAGUAAUAAUCUCCUUCGUGGUGAGCCGCUCAAGCUUGUUGAUGGCGGACGUUCCCAGAGAACCUUUCUCUAUGUCAAAGAUGCAAUUGAGGCUGUUUUGUUAAUGAUUGAUAACCCUGAUAGAGCAAAUGGACACAUCUUUAAUGUGGGAAACCCGGACAAUGAAGUAUCUGUGAAGCAACUAGCUGAGCUUAUGAUAAAGGUAUAUGCAAAGGUGGCUGAUGUACCUGCCUCUAGUCUAUCAACUCUGGAUGUGACUUCAGAGGAUUUCUAUGGAAAAGGCUAUGAUGACAGUGAUAGGCGCAUCCCUGACAUGACAAUUAUCACUAAGCAGCUUGGUUGGAAGCCAAGGACAUCACUUGAUGAACUGUUGGAUUCUACCCUUCAAUAUCAACAUCAGACAUAUUCUCAUGCUAUCAAGAAAGAACUCGCAAAGCCUUCAACUUGA